AUGAUGGAGCCGUGUAUCUCAUUGCCAUUGGAGAAAUCACUCCUAGAUGACGUAGUCGCUCAGAGUAAAGACUUUGCUAAUGUACAUGGAAUAGUAAUGAGAAGACGAGAGACACCUCUCUCAUCAGAUGUUGUAUGUUUCACGCCACAUACCCUAGUGCCAUCUCCUGUGCCAAAGAAAUUAUUUUAUCAAUCCGUGGAUGUACAAAAUGACUUCCAUUUAUUGAUGCAUGGUAUCAGUCGUGACUACCAAUUUCUCAAGUCAGUGCUAUCCAGUUCAAUGCAACAUGAUGAGUUCCAGAAGAAACUGUUUGACAUUUACGAAGAGGUUUAUAUCAAUAAUAUACCAUGUCAGCCCAUUAUGUUAGGAAUGCUACGAUGUGACUAUAUGUUUGAUUGCUCUGGUGGAAGGGACAUAUCAACAGACAAAAUACAACUGAAACAAGUUGAAGUAAAUACCAUUGCCAGUGGUUUGGCAGGACUUGGAACCCAGUGUACUCGUCUUCAUAGGUUUAAUCUGGAAAAUCUCGGAAAAUCGGAAAUUGCAAGUAGUUUACCAGAAAGUAAAGCCGUGGGUAAAAUGGCUGAAGGUUUUGUCGAAGCUUGGAAACUGUAUGGCAACAACAAAGCCGCCAUCUUGUUUCUCAUUGAAGAACUGUCGUGGAAUAUCAUGGACCAAAGAUGGUUGGAAUAUGAAAUUCGAAAUCUCGAUAAAUCUAUUCCGAUUAUAAGAAGAUUGUUCAAAGACGUCGUUGAAAGAGCUAAAAUAGAAGACAAUAAACUUAUCUUAGAUAACUACGAAAUAGCAAUAGUGUAUUAUAGGUAUGGGUAUUCACCUGAACACUACCCAACAGAAAAGGAGUGGGAAGCACGUCUCAUGGUUGAGAAAUCCCAGACUAUCAAAUGUCCACCCAUAAGUUAUCACUUAGCGGGUUCCAAGAAGAUUCAACAGGAAUUACCUAGAGCUGGCGCCGUUGAGAGAUUUCAAAAAUAUUUCCCAGAUGGAGAGGUCACCGUUAAGCGAAUUAGAAACACAUUUGCUGGACUUUAUACACUCGACAUGAAUGAUGAAGGGUCAGAAACUGCUCUCAAGAACCCAAACAUAUAUGUAUUGAAACCACAACGAGAAGGUGGAGGUAAUAACUUAUUUGGCGAGGACAUUAAGACCAAGCUGGAACAGAUCGGUGAAGACAAAAGCCGAGCUGGAUACAUCUUGAUGGACAAAAUUGAACCACUUGUAGUUACUAACUAUACAGUGCAAAGUGAGAAGGACGUUGAAAUCCGAAAAAUGGUCAGCGAAAUUGGAAUAUUUGGUGCAAUUAUCAGUAAUGGUGAAAAUGUACCCUUCAAUUCUACAUGCGGCCAUAUUUUAAGAACUAAGACAGUAUCGUCCAAUGAGGGAAGUUUUGCUGGCGGGAGUGCUGUUAUAGAUAGUCCAUUUCUUGUGUAG